CAAUAUCGGAUGUCAUUUAUCGAUGAUCACAUGGUGGUCACAAGUAGUCAUCAGCAACACUCACCUCAUCCUGUGCAAGCAAUAAGAAGAGAAAACCGCCCCAGCUUGUAUCAUCAUCAGCAUCAUCAUCAUCGUCGUGACAUUGAAACCAGAGGAAGAGGUGGUCGUCCUUCUCUGGCUCCGGUCUAUACCAUGAAUUCGAGUAACAGCCUCAUACCCAUUCAUCAAUUAGCGCCACACCAGAGACACCUUUUCGGAGAUUAUCUACCAGAAGAUGAUGUGCUCGUGCUGGAUGAUUCUUCAGAUUACUCCCUUUAUAGUGGAAGCGGGCCUCACAUUCCGGCAACCCCCAAUUCAGAUAAUUUCCCUGAUAAUAUGUCUUACGAGGUAUCUACAAUACCAAGUUAA